AUGGAAGGUGGCGAAGAAGAAGUUGAGCGCAUUCCCGAUGAACUUUUCAUUUCAAAGAAGAAGCACUUAUUAGAUAAGCUCAUAAAGGUCGGGAUAAUUCUCGUACUCCUGAUAUGGGGCACUGUUUUGUUGUUAAGAAGUUUACCUCACCAUCCAAACACACCAGAUUAUCAGAAACCCAACUCUAAUUACACCAGCGAUGGGAAAUUAAAGGUAUCGUUUUCUAAUGUUAGAAACAAUACGUUUCAACCCAAAUACCAUGAGUUACAAUGGAUUAAUGACAAUAAAGUUGAAGGUAACGAUUUAGGUCUUUAUGUUACAUUUAUGAACGAGAGUUACGUUGUUAGAUCUGUCUACGAAGAUUCAUAUAAUAACAUUUUAUUGAAGGGAAAAACUUUUAUUCACAACGGUCAAAACCUCACUGUAGAGUCAAUAUCUGCAUCGCCGGACCUCAAGCGAUUACUGAUUAGAACAAACAGCGUACAAAAUUGGAGGCAUUCCACAUUUGGUUCUUAUUUUGUGUAUGAUGAGAAAAGCUCCUCCUUUGAGCUGAUUGGAAACGACGUGGCUAUAGCCAUAUGGUCCCCUAAUUCUAAUGAUAUCGCAUAUGUCCAAGAUAAUAAUAUAUACAUUUAUUCUGCCAUUUUUAAAAAGACUAUACGGGCUGUGACUAACGAUGGAAGCUCCUUUCUUUUUAACGGUAAACCAGAUUGGGUUUACGAAGAGGAAGUCUUUGAAGACGACAAGGCUGUGUGGUGGUCACCGACUGGUGAUUACCUGGCGUUCCUAAAAAUUGAUGAGUCGGAAGUUGGUGAGUUUAUCAUUCCAUAUUAUGUUCAAGAUGAGAAGGAUGUAUACCCCGAAAUGCGUAGUAUCAAGUAUCCAAAGAGUGGUACGCCAAAUCCCCGUGCCGAACUGUGGGUUUAUAGUAUGAAAGAUGAAACGAUGUUUCAUCCAAGAGUAAGUAGAGAUAAAAAGGAUGGAAGCCUAUUGAUUACUGAAGUUACGUGGGUAGGAAAUGGUAACGUUUUAGUUAAAACCACAGAUCGUUCCUCGGACAUUUUGACUGUGUUUUUGAUAGAUACAGUUACAAAGACCUCAAACGUGGUAAGGAAUGAAAGUUCUCACGGAGGAUGGUGGGAGAUUACUCAUAAUACUUUGUUUAUUCCGGCAAAUGAAACACUUAAUAGGCCUCACAAUGGUUAUGUCGAUAUUCUUCCGAUUGAUGGUUACAACCAUUUAGCUUAUUACGAAAAUAGUAGCAAUUCACACUAUAAAACGUUGACAAAGGGGAAAUGGGAAGUGGUCAAUGGCCCACUUGCGUUUGAUUCGAUAGAAAAUCGUCUCUACUUCAUUUCUACACGAAAGAAUUCAACCGAACGCCACGUGUACUGCAUAGAUUUACGGUCACCGGAUGACAUUAUUGAAGUUACUGAUACCUCUGAGGACGGUGUCUACGAUGUAUCUUUUUCUUCUGGUAGGAGGUUUGGUUUACUCACCUAUAAAGGACCGAAAGUUCCAUAUCAAAAAAUUGUGGACUUCCACUCUCGUAAAACAGACAAGCACACCAAAGGUAAUGUUUUGGGCAAAUCGUUAUACUAUUUGGAGAAGAAUGAAUUGAUUACCAAAACUUUAGAGGAUUAUUCGGUACCCAGAAAAUCAUUCAGGGAAUUGAACCUAGGAAAGGACGAAUCGGGAGAGGAUAUAUUAGUGAAUUCGUAUGAAAUCUUACCAAACGAUUUUGAUGAAACGUUAACUGAUUACUAUCCUGUGUUUUUCUUUGCAUAUGGAGGACCAAAUUCUCAACAAGUUAUCAAGACGUUUUCCGUAGGAUUUAACGAAGUGGUAGCUUCACAAUUAAACGCAAUUGUGGUGGUUGUCGACGGUCGUGGUACUGGUUUUAAAGGUCAAAACUUUAGAUCCCUUGUCCGCGAUAGGCUCGGUGAUUACGAGGCUCGCGACCAAAUUUCUGCUGCUUCCUUGUAUGGUUCUCUAGCUUUCGUUGACUCACAAAAGAUUUCCCUAUUUGGUUGGUCAUAUGGAGGAUACCUCACACUGAAAACUUUGGAAAAGGAUGCUGGAAAACAUUUCAAAUACGGAAUGUCCGUUGCACCAGUAACUGACUGGAGAUUUUACGAUUCUGUUUAUACUGAAAGAUACAUGCACACUCCUCAAGAAAACUUUGAUGGAUACGUAAAAUCAAGCGUCCAUAAUGUCACUGCUCUGGCACAAGCAAAUAGAUUUCUAUUGAUGCAUGGGACAGGGGAUGAUAACGUUCACUUCCAAAAUUCCUUAAAGUUCCUGGACCUUCUGGACCUAAACGGUGUCGAAAAUUAUGACGUCCAUGUCUUUCCUGACUCAGAUCAUAGUAUAAGAUACCAUAAUGCGAAUGUAAUUGUUUUCAACAAGCUAUUGGACUGGGCAAAGCAUGCCUUCGAUGGGGAAUUUGUCAAAUAA